AAACGUUUACAUUUUAAUGUAAGAAAUUUACAUUUUUUUAGCUUUCUAUAAAAAUGCAUUUUACUUUUGUUUGAAAUUUUUAUAGAUAUUAAACAUUCAUUUUUAUUGUGUUGCACCUCGUUUCACAAAUAGUUCAAUUUAUUUUAUAAAUUAUAUAAUGUAUUUUUAUACUUUGGCUCAAUAAAAGCAUAUACAAUAAAAUAUGUUUCUGUACUUAAUUUGUAUUGCUUACAAAGUCAUGUUUCACAUAUUAAAGUACUAAAAUAAAUAUAUAUUUUAAGUUCUUGAGUCUCCUAAUAAUUUGUUUGCUUGUUUUGUUGUUGAUCUUAUCUACAUUAUACAUUUCAAUAAGGCGCCCCCUUUUGCCUUUUAUAUGCGACUUAAUUCUGAAUCUGGGAUAUCGAUAACAAACAGCUGGUCCCAUUCCGCUUUAUUUGUAAACAUUUGAAAAACCUGCCGAAUUUCGUAAUUUUUUGAUAUUUUGAUGUCCGAUGAGGCAAAUAUCACUCCUCAAUCCGGUCGGAGACCCCGUCUUGGAUUGGGCAAACGAGGCUGUCAAUCAACGCCCCUACUGCGUAUUAAAAGGGAAGAUUCAGCUGUGCACACACCAAAUGAGAAUUUGGAGACUCCAAGAGCUUUAGCUUUAUCCCUGAGCUCCCGUAGGAUAGGAUUGUCCAAGAACAGAUCGGAAUUAACAAAAAAGAAACUGGAGUUUGCUGCAGUGCAUGACACCAAGGAUGAGGAGCCGAAGGUUACUAAGAAACCAGCCAAAAAGGGCAAAAAGAAAAGGGAUUCUAAAGGAGGUUCCAACGAAAACAAGGGUGUUCAGGACCUGACAGAGAAUAAUAAUCCUCAGAAGAAUGAACUCGAAGAGGAUCCUCAGUGCAGCAAAAUUAUAGAACUUCAGGGGGAUAUAGAAAUCUGGCGUAAGGCUUUUAUAGCCUCUGUGGACGAUUUACUGACGCUGGCGGAGCCUGGACUCUCAAAGAAGGACCUCCUUUACCAGCUGGGCAUUCCCUCCGAAAUGCUACGUUAUCUGGAGGAGGAAUGA